AAUAGACCUCCCUUUUGCUCUCAAUUCUCAACCUAAGCUUGUCUAUCAAACAUUAUAAUUAUUUCUCUUACAUAUCUUAUACUAGCUAGCUAGGAUGAGCAAGUUACUACACAUUCGUGUUGCUGGGUUUGUGGCAACCUUUGUCAUCAUGGUGAUGACGAUGGUGCCCAUAAACGUGAGUGCUCAAAACAUUGGUGAUGACAUCGUCACACAAGAAUUCUUCAACAGCAUAAUCGAUCAGGCUGAUGCUAGUUGUGCAGGGAAGAACUUCUACUCACGAGAUGUUUUCCUUAAUGCUCACAAUUCCUACAAUGAGUUUGGUAGGCUUGGAAACCAGGAUGACUCCAAGCGUGAGGUUGCAGCUUCUUUUGCCCAUUUCACCCAUGAAACUGGACGUACAUUUUUGCUACAUAGAAGAGAUUAAUGGAGCAGCAGGGGACUAGUGUGACGAGAGCAACACCGAGUAACCGUUUGCCCCUAACAAAGCGUACUAUGGGGCGUGGAACUUCAACUACGGAUUUGAUAUUGUGUCCUUCAAGACAGGAUUGGAACAUGUGAUGGUGCAAACCCUAAUACUGUUCAGGCUCGUGUUAAUUACUACACCCAGUAUUCUUCACAACUUGGUGUUUCCCCUGGUGACAAUCUUACUUGCUAAGUUAUCAGUAUGGUACCAUAUGACACCAUGCAUUCAUACGGUAUAUAUUAACAUAUAUCAGAAAAUAAACCAUUCAAGGCUUACAGCCUUAUUUUGAUUAUUGUAAUUACUACUGUUGGGAAUAUUGUAUCUGAUUAGAAUCGAUAUUGUGUAUCCAAUAUUGAAUAAAAAUACGUUAUUUCUUUGGCAGUCA